AUGUUAAUACUACUUGCAUCACUAUUUUCAAUAGCAAAGAGUGGAUCGAUUCUGAGACCAAUAGGAGUGACUCCAAUCUGGAAUUCGGUGGCAAACGCAAAUGUCGAGGCCUAAUACAUAUUUAGUUAUGUUUUGGAAACAUACUUGGCAUCUAACUCUUAAAUAGUAGUUGAGUUUCCAUUACAAUAUGUUUCUGGGUUGGGAAUAACAUAAACUGAUUUGGUGUGUAUUCCAAGUUGCGUGAUUUCAGGGAGAUCAGUGAUCUUCACAUAUCCAGAGGAGAUGAAGAAUGGGACUAGUAAGAAAGUGGAAUGCUAAUAGUCUACACGGCAUCUGUGUAACCAGUAAGGAAUCCAGCCACAUAAGGUGGGACAGCUAAUUUCAUUUUACGUAGUAAGAGAGGAGAUAAUGUGAUUGAUGAGAACUUGAUUUUCGGUAUCAUUGGAAUAGCAGAUGCCAUAAAUACCAUGGUUUUCGGAGAGGUUGUUGUAUAUCCCAAAGGUUCCUUUUAUGCAGGAGUAAAACUUUAAUACAUAUCAUUAAGGAUUAUACUUAAUAUAUUUUGAAAUUCAAGACAACUACAACUAUAAUAUAUAAUUCCUAUAUGUUAUUUACAGUUCCUAAUGAUUUUGAAUUGGAACCCUUUCCAGUUUGCAGUCCAUAUCCAAUAAAUGGAAUACAAUUAGAUGGAACCUUAUUUUGUUCCUAAGUUAAUUCUACAAAUGUUGUAAAAAUUGAAGGAAUCACAGGACAUGUGAUUGGAUUAUAAGAAUACGCACUAAAAAUUUCUAUGAGAAAUCCUAAAUAUGCAGGAACUACUAAAUCUUUCAAUUUGGGAAUCUAUAAAGCUUAUACUCAGAUGAUGUUUGAAGAGGUUAAAGGAAUUAGUGGAGUUACAAUCUAGGCUGCUUAAUUAUAAAAUGUUUCCAUGACUUAAGUUUAUAGUUUUAUCAAUUCCAGAUCUAGAAUUAUGGAUUAUGAAGUUAGAUUCACUCCCACUUUUCCUAUUCCUUCAGGUUGUAAUAUCAAGUUAAUCUUCCCUGUCUAUAUGUAAAUUGUCUAACCUCCUGAUUAUAAUUAAGCAGGAUAAUUUUAAAUGAACUAUGUCAAAUAUGGACUAGAGGAUAUCAGUGAAGAUAGCCCUGUUGGUUUCUAUUAUUAGGAUGCCAUACAAAACUAUCUUAGAAUUACUAAUUUUUAAGAAAUGACUAUGAAUAAUGAAAUUUGUAUUGUUGUCAGAGUUAUAAACCCUAGUGUUGAAGGAUACACCACUCCUCUCAAAUUAUAUGUAUUUUAAGAUAUCACUGAAUAUCAAUUAUUAUAAUCUGAUGUUUUAUAUGCUAUUGCUGAUGUUUCAACUGUUGGAGCAGGUAAUCAAAAUGUACCUACAACAAACACUAAUAAUUGGUUUUUGAAACCUAGAACUGGAUUCUUUCCAAAUUAUUAAGAUUAUUCAAUUACAAAUAAUAUUGCCAAUGGUGCUUUAGCAACUUUAACUUUCAAUAUUGAUCCUACUGCCACUGUUCCUAAAUUUGCUUACAUUUACAUUACUGCUCCGAAAGAAUUCAAAGUCAAUAAUGAUACAACUACUGGAGUUAACGCUGCCAAUUGUAAAUUUUAUUUACAAUCAAAUUCACCAACUUUAAAUGGCUUCAUUUCUCCUAGUAAUUCUUUAUCAUGUACGGCAACUGAUUAAAUUGUUAAGGCUUAGUUACCAUUUGCAUUUGAUAUCAUCCAAUAUCCAUCUUAAGCUUUACCUGCUGCACCCUUAAGAAAUUAAUGGUAAAUAUAAUUAACCAAUGCAUUCUACACCCCAGGAUUAAAUGGAACAUAUUUUUUUGAUAUUACUCUUAAAGACACAGAUGAUCUAACUGUUCUCGAUUCAUUUUCUUUUCCGAUUUAAAUAAAUGCAAAUUUAUUAACUGGUAGUAUUGUGAAUUCAAUUCCAAAGAAUUCAAAAGAGAAAGGAAUAGUUGACAUUUAAUUCAUUACAGUUCUUUAAAUACCCUCAGGAUAGAAAUAGAAUCGUGCAUCAGAUACAAGAGGUUUUGUUGAAUUUCAUUUCAGUAGUGCUUGGGAUUAGGACUUAGGAUCUGGUGUGAGUGAUGGUGGAAGAAUUCCUUGUUAUGGUGUUAAUGCUUUUAUACCAUAUGAAGGUAAUUAAUUAAAAUGUAUUUUGUUUUACUCAACUGCCUCAUCAAAAACAAUAGUAAGGGUAACAAAUUUUAGAGAAAUUGCAACAAACACGAAUGUCAGAAUAAUGAUAUCUGGUGUUACAAAUCCAAAUGGUGCCAGUUAUGAUAUUGACAUUAAAGUAUUUUAGAAAAAGAAUCGAAUAUUCACUUUACUGAAUCAAUAAUUAGGAGUUACUAGCACAUUAAAUGCUGCUCCAGUAACAACAACUUGUACAACAGCUCCUUCAUAUUCAGAAAAUAAGGUAGGAUAUUUAUUUGAUAUCAAUAUAACUCCUUGUUUGACAACUGCAAUAUCUGCAGGAUUCUACAUCCUGAUAUAAUUACCUAAAUAUGAUAUUGGAUUUAUUAGGGAAGACAAUACCAUCACUUGUUCGCUCACUUCACAAUUAUAUUGUAUUCCUUUAUUAGGAUCUGACUUUAUUUUAAUAGUGACAUCUACUGUAGUGGCACUCUCCCCUAUUCCAGUCUUUAAAAUAAGCAAUUUAUAAUGGCCUAGAUACGUCGAAGACUUUUCAACUUAUGCAUUGAACUUCUUGGUAAUAAAUAAUGUUGGUUUGGGAAUUGUCUAAAAAUAUUAAUUUAGUAGUUUAACAAAUUGUGUUCCUGCUUAAUUUUCAGCCAUUUAAUCUCUAGUAUCUAAUAAGGGAAAAGGAUUUGUAGAUGCCACCUAUUCAUUUACAUUCACCCCUCAAGCUGACAUUCCUUAGGGAUCAACAAUAAUAGUUGAAUUUCCACCUUUCUAUGAUUUUCUAAAUGGUAUACACUUGCCUACUUUUUCUUAGAAUGGUUUGUAAGAUCUAGCUGAUAAAAAUAAAGUAUCUAUACAGGUAAACUUAAAAUUGAUUAAAAUUACUGGAUUUUAAUAGUUCAAUAAAUCAAAUUCCUUUCAAGUAGUAGCUGUGUCUGUGAAAAAUUCACAAUCAUACAACACGGCAUCUGGGUUUCACGUAUAUGUGAUGUUUAAGGGAAAAUAUGUUUUGCAAUAACUUAACUUUUACAGUUUUGAUUUUACAACUCCGUUUAAAGCAGGGAAGAUAGUAAUUAAUUAAAUAACUGCUUCAAUUUUGAAUGCAGACGAAGAAGUUGAUUAUCUGAUUCAAUUCACUCCUUAAAAUGAUAUACCGAUAGGUGGACAAAUUAAAGUAAUGUUCCCAGAUGAAAAUUACAAAAAAUUGCCAUCGAUUCCAGAUUGUCGUGUUAGUGGAGGAAUCAAUACAUUUUAAUCUUGCAUACUAAAUGGUAAAACAUUUAUAAUUGAAACAAACAGCAGAUAUAAAGCAGGCAAUGGAGUGAUUGAUCUUAUUAUAAAAGGAGUUUAAAAUCCAGAUUAAGGAACAACUUAAGGUUUUGUGAUUUAAACAGAAUAUGAUGGAGUAAAAUUAGAUGGAACUGAUGAGUCAAACCUGAAUGGAAGAACAUUCACAUCAGCCUCUAAGACUAAUCCUAUAACUCUUCUUUCUCUGGUAUUUGAUCCUAAAAAUGAAGGAGAAGAGGCUUCUUAUCGAUUUAAAUUCCUACCUUAUUCAUCAUUAUCUACAAUAUCUCAAAUUGAAUUUAAAUUUCCAACUUAAUUCGAUCCUUUAUUAGGAAGGGAUAUCUAAUGUAUAGUAAACACUGGUCUAUCAGGAGGUACUUACACAUGCAGUGUAGAUUCUAGAAUUGUUACACUAAAAGGUUAUGAUUCAUACACUCCAGAAAUCACAAAUCCUAUAGACAUAACCAUUUUCGGUAUUGUCAAUCCUAAUUCAAAUGGUGGAUCUACCACUGAUUUUCUAAAACUUUAUAUCAGAUAACAAGGCAGUAACAUUUAUGAUCAAUCUAAUUAAGAGAUUGCUUAAUUAUCCUUUCUCUCUGCACCAGGAUGGUCUCCUUUAAUUUCAAUAGAUGUUUCUACAUUUAAUGUAAGAUGGAAUUCAACAUACAAUUUUACAUUUUAGACUUAUAAAAACAUUCCAAAACUUUCAGCAAAAGGAUCAGUUUUAAUUGAUUAUCCAUCUCAAUUUGAAAUUCUGGAUGGCUCUAUCACAUGUUCAAGUACCAUUUAAUUUGCAGCUACCUUAAAAUGUUCUUCAUAUCGUAAUCGAGUUACCUCUUCUGGUAAUUACGAAGAUUAUGUUGGUAGAAUGUAUAUUCAACUUAAGAAAGUCUUAAAUCCUAUUGAAAAAGGAGAGAGUGAUUUCUUUUACAUUAGAACUUAUGAUGGUCUUAAUUUAAGAAUUAUUGAAAGAAACUUUGCUAAUUUAGAUCCUUUUAAAUUUUCAUAUUAUUUUCCUGGUCCACUUAUAAAAGUCAAUAAUGAAAAAACUUUAACAAUUGAAAGAGGUACAUAAUCUAUCAAUAUUCCUAUUUCAAUUGAAUUUCCUUGUCUACUCAAUCUAAAAUUAAUUCCAUCAGAAACAGAAUUCAUAGUUAAACCAGCCUCCAUUCCAUUAACUCUUGGAAUGACAUUGCAAUAUUUCAAUAUAUCUGUUCCUUAAUCUAUAUAUGAUGGCACCUACACAAUCUAUUGGACUUUAGAUAAUGAAUUAGAUCCACCUCUAUACACUCCAGUCAAAAGAACCUUAAUCACUAUAACUAAAAAACAAGGGGUCAAAAUUAACCAAACUCCUAUUCUUUCCAUUCCAAUACAAGGCUAAUCUCUCUUGACAGAAUAUGUGUUAGCUGCUCCUCCAGAUACUGAAUUAGCUUUUAGUUUAUAUCUACAAAGAGCCUAUUAUGGUAUCCAGUUAUCAACAAAAUCAAUUAUUGUUCCUGCUGGCUAAUAAAAAUUUGGAUUUGCUGUUGUCUACAAUAAAUCUGCCAAUGUUGAAGGACCUUAAGUAGAAAGAGGAUACAUCACAAUUCAAACUGAAGGAGUCAAUAAAAACAUCUAUUAGUUAGCAUCUACUAGUGUUGAAUUCUUCAUUAUUUCUUAAGAUACUAAAUCUCCUGAUUGGGUGACAUGCAAAAUUAAUACUGUUAAAAAAACAUCUGUCAACUUAUUAGUAGCUUUGAAUGAGCCUUGUGUUGUAUAUUACUUGAUUGCAUUAAAAGGAACAAUAUUUCCUACUUUGAGUGACUUUUAGAAUUAACUUAUACGUUAUUCUAGUACAUAAAGUUAAAUGGGAUAUUUAAUAGCUUACAGUGCAAAUCAGUAAUAUCUAAUUCCUUUAUCUAAAUUGAUAGCUGAGACAGAAUAUGUGAUACAUAUAUUAGCUUUAGAUCGAGGAAACAAUGAAGCUGAAAAAAGAAGUAUUGAAUUUAAGACACUUGACAGACCAGUAAGUUGUUACUUUACUUUGAUAUUUAAUUAAAGAACAGUGAGUGCAGAUUUUGUUAGGAAUGUAACGAAUUCAGUUGCCAAAGUACUUGGUAUAAACGAUUAUUACAUCCAGCAACAGAAAUAUUAUUUUAAAAGAUUGCUUUAGAACUCUUUUGGUGUAACUGUUGAUGAGAUUAAAUCAUACAUUGAUUUAGAAUUAGCAGCUAUUCCAGAUAGUGACAGUUUUCCAGAUCCAUUUGAAGUAGUUGCUGGAUUACAAAAUAAAACUUAAUUACUUACAUCAAGAAUCGAGACUUUAAAUUUAAGUAAGGAAGUAGCAGUUUAGAAAUUCACACGAUAUGUUCCUAGAUUUAUUAAAUAGCCUAAAAUAGUGUAUAUUGAUUAUUAACAAUGUGCAAUUCAAUUAGCUAUUAGCAAUUAUGGAUGGGGUUUUGCUGUAGCAGUGGUUUUUGAGUCAUAAGAUUAAAUUUGGCCAUCACCUUAUUAAAUAAUGAAAGGAUUAGAUUAUUAGAAUAGGCCAACACCUAAUGGAGAGAUAGAGAUUUCAGAUCCUUAUCAGGAUUUCAUUUUAAGAAUACAUGGAUUAGAGAGUGAAACAGAUUAUUAUAUCUAUGUAAUAGGGGGGUCAGUUCGUAAUUGAAUUCAUUAAUAUUAUUAGAUUUCCGAGCUCCAGAUUUGAUGGAUAAAUCAGAGAUAUAUUAGGAUAGAAUAAUCUCAUUUAAAUCUCCGUAGAAGCCUAAGUUAAACAUCAACUUUGGAGAUUUGAUAGUGUUGAGCAUAUUGAUUUUUUGGUUUUGAGUAC